AUGCUUUCUUCUCUGAAUCCUGAGUACAAAAUGCACGGCAAUGGCAAGGACGAUGUAGAUUUUGAUUUCUGGGGUGCAAGUGAAACCCAAUAUUGCAGUGAUAGAGGAGGUAGUGAAGUAGGGUUUCAAGCACAGUUUGAAGAAGGCUUUGUUGAUUACUCACUACCCUUAUGGGAAACAGAUAUGUCAAGAAAUGUUAGAAAUGAAUCCUCCCCUCUACUCCCCCAUAGCCAACGUUACAGUAGUACUUCGCUCAGGUCACGGUUACAAGUGAUGGCAGAAGGUAGGAGGAAGCUCAUGGAGAUGGUUCAUAGCAUGCCAGAGUCUAGUUAUGAACUAUCUUUGAAGGAUAUUGUUGUGGAGCAGCAGAUUUCUGAAGAGGCACAAGAGGAGAUGGCGAUGCAAAGGACAAGUUCUGAUUCCAAAACUAAGGCUCAAAUCACCAAGAAACAAAAGACGAAGAAGACGAAGAGUUUUAAUAAGCCGGGUAAUAUUUCAAGAAGUGGAAGUAUGGAAAAGGAAACUUUCUUGAUCAAGAUGUUCAUUCCAACUUCUCUCAGUUUUAAGAUCAGAUCAGACAACUCAAGAAAUGACCCAAAGGUUCCUCCAAGGUCAUCGACGGAACCAACUGAUAACCGUGCAGACAAGGAGGGGUGGAUCAAAAGGAUUUUGUGUACAGGAGAGGGUGUGACGAUAUGGAAGCCUUGCCAAGUUGCUGGCCUUUCUUCUGCACUGAGAAAAGCAAAGGGACAAGACGCAAAGUACGCUUCUUCUGAACAGGGGAUGGAAUGCGAUGGUUAA